UUGGCUGUUUCCAGGAGCCGGCCGCCGUGCCGCUGACCAGCCGCGGACCGUACCCUGGAUGGGAACCCUGUUCCCAUCGCCGGCGGCGGAAGCUCCGGGUGGGAGAGGAGCAGAGGCGGUCAGAUGCAGACCAAGUACACGCUGAUAGACGAGCAGGACAUCCCGCUGGUGGAGGGCUACUCCUUCGAGGCCAGGAUGGAAGUGGACGCGGACGGAAACGGGGCUAAGAUCUUCGCGUACGCCUUCGACAAGAACCGGGGAAGGGGCUCGGGCCGGCUGCUGCACGAGUUGCUGUGGGAGCGGCACAGGGGCGGCAUCGCUCCCGGCUUCCAGGUUGUGCAUCUCAACGCGGUGACCGUGGACAAUCGCCUGGACAACCUGCAGCUGGUGCCGUGGGGCUGGCGGCCCAAAGCGGAGGAGACCUCCAGCAAACAGAGGGAGCAGAGCUUGUACUGGCUCGCAAUCCAGCAGCUUCCCACGGACCCCAUCGAGGAGCAGUUCCCCGCGCUGAGCGCCACGCGGUACUACAACGCCAACGGGGACGUGGUGGAGGAGGAGGAGAGCUCCUGCACCUACUACGAGUGCCACUACCCGCCCUGCACGAUGAUCGAGAAGCAGCUCCGGGAGUUCAACAUCUGCGGGCGCUGCCAGGUGGCCCGGUACUGCGGCUCGCAGUGCCAGCAGAAGGACUGGCCCGCCCACAAGAAGCACUGUCGGGAGAAGCGGCGCCCCUUCCAGCAGGAUGAGGCCCAGACCCACUGUCCUGUGGCUGUGGAGCCGACCCAGGGGAUCGCAGCCCAGCUCUGCAGUUCUCGCCUGGACUCACUGAGUGGCCGGCAGCUCCGUGGGGGCUCAGCCGGCACGUCUCAGGCCCUGCCUGUGAACAGCGACCAGGAGGAUGGGAGGUCUACCCCUCACUCACCGGGCUGGGCCUCCGCCCUCCCUGGAGCCACAGAUGUCGGAGCCGGGCCACCUCUGCCCCGUGGCAGCACGCCUUGCACGGCCACCCUGGGGCAGUGA